GCUGGGCUAUGGGCUCCCGGCCGAAAUGAGUCUCUCAUUCCCUCUGCCGAAGCGCUAAGAACCGGAGGGUUGGACGCGCGCGCUCGGCUCCUCCCUUCGCCACUCGCCGAUCGGCAAAGUAACUCUCGUGGACUAAGUGCAGCCGCCGACGCCAAGUGCAGGCGCGCCUGGCUGGGGAUUGCCACUGGAAGGCGGGGAGGGAGCACUCCGGCGCAGACGCCGCCGAGAAGAAAGGCGACCCUGUUGCUGUUCCGGGCUCUCCGUCACCCCCCUCGCCCCCGCCCCCGUUUCAUCCAGGCAACAGGAGGAUCCGGACUGGCCAGGAAGACGAGCUUUCCUCGCGGCUUCGGGAGAGAGCGCCCGAGUUGAGUGCGAGACUCCUCGCAAAAGUUCUCCAAAGUCAGCAUGGCCCCGGCGGUUGGAGCCGUUGGCUUGCUGGCGGCGCUCGCCUCCCUCGUCGCCCCCUCGGCUGCCCUGCUUGGAGUGGCCCGUGGACAGUUCUCGGCAGGGGGUUGCACCUUUAAUGAUGGUCCAGGGCCCUGCGAUUACCAUCAAGACCCAUAUGACGACUUUGACUGGGUUCAUGUUAGUGCUCAAGAGCCUCACUACUUGCCACCUGAGAUGCCUCCAGGGUCGUACAUGAUAGUGGAUUCUUCACACCACAGCCACGGAGAGAAGGCUCGACUUCAACUUCCUACUAUGAAAGAGAAUGACACACACUGUGUUGAUUUCAGCUACCUUUUGUACAGCAAGAAAGGGGUGAGCCCUGGAACUCUGAACAUAUUGGUUAGGGUAAACAAGGGCCCCCUGGCAAAUCCCAUUUGGAAUGUGACCGGCUCCACAGGCAAAGACUGGCUACGGGCAGAACUGGCCGUCAGCACCUUUUGGCCCAAUGAAUACCAGGUAAUAUUUGAGGCCGAAGUCUCAGAUGGAAGAAAUGGCUACAUUGCCAUUGAUGACAUCCAGGUUCUGAGUUACCCUUGUGAUAAAUCUCCUCACUUCUUGAGGCUUGGGGAUGUGGAGGUCAAUGCAGGCCAGAAUGCUACAUUUCAGUGCAUUGCUACAGGGAGGGAUGCAGUGAAUAACAAGUUAUGGCUCCAGAGACGAAAUGGAGAAGACAUUCCUGUGGCCCUAACUAAAAACAUAAAUCACAGACGAUUUGCUGCUACCUUUAAACUUCAGGAAGUGACAAAAACAGAUCAGGAUUUAUAUCGCUGUGUUACUCAGUCUGAGAGGGGAUCUGGAGUCUCCAAUUUUGCUCAGCUUAUUGUUCGAGAACCACCUCGACCAAUAGCACCCCCACAACUUCUUGGAGUUGGACCAACUUACUUGCUGAUUCAGUUGAAUGCGAAUUCCAUUAUUGGAGAUGGGCCGAUUAUCCUAAAAGAAGUGGAAUACCAUAUGACAACUGGGACCUGGACAGAAACCCAUGCUGUAAAUGCACCAACUUACAAGCUGUGGCAUUUGGACCCAGACACAGAGUAUGAAAUCCGUGUUCUUCUAACCAGACCUGGAGAAGGUGGCACUGGUCAACCAGGUCCACCGCUUAUUACCCGGACCAAGUGUGCAGAGCCUAUGAGAACACCAAAAACAUUGAAGAUCGCUGAGAUCCAGGCCCGACGCAUUGCUGUGGAUUGGGAAUCUCUAGGUUACAACAUUACUCGCUGCCACACUUUCAACGUCACAAUCUGCUACCAUUACUUCCGUGGCCAUAAUGAAAGCAAGGCAGACUGCUUGGAUAUGGACCCCAAAGCACCUCAGCAUGUUGUGAACCACCUGCCUCCUUACACUAAUGUCAGCCUCAAAAUGAUCCUGACUAAUCCUGAGGGGAGAAAGGAAAGUGAAGAGACAAUAAUCCAAACGGAUGAAGAUGUGCCUGGUCCUGUACCAGCAAAAUCACUAAAAGGAACUCCCUUUGAAGACAAGAUCUUCCUAAACUGGAAAGAACCUAUGGAUUCAAAUGGGAUCAUCACACAGUAUGAGGUCAGUUACAGCAGCAUAAGAUCAUUUGAUCCCGCAGUUCCAGUGGCUGGGCCAGCUCAAACUGUGUCAAAGCUAUGGAACAGUACACAUCAUGUCUUUUCCCAUCUACAUCCCGGGACUACCUACCAGUUUUAUAUAAGGGCCAGCACAGUGAAAGGAUUUGGGCCAGCUGCGGCAAUCAAUGUAACCACCAAUAUUUCAGCUCCCACAUUACCAGACUAUGAAGGUAUUGAUGCAUCUUUCAAUGAAACAGCUAUCACUGUGCUCCUGAGACCAGCACAAGCCAAAGGAGCUCCUAUCAGCGCCUAUCAGAUUGUUGUUGAAGAGCUGCAUCCUCAUCGGACAAAACGAGAAACAGGUGCAAUGGACUGCUACCAGAUUCCUGUCACAUAUCAAAAUGCUCUGAGCAGUGGCUCGCCAUAUUAUUUUGCUGCAGAAUUGCCACCUGGUAACCUUCCUGAACCAGCUCCUUUCACGGUUGGUGAUAACAGAACUUACCAAGGCUUCUGGAACCCACCAUUGGCUCCCCGUAAAGGAUAUAAUAUCUACUUCCAAGCUAUGAGCAGUGUCGAGAAGGAGACCAAAACUCAGUGUGUUCGAAUUGCUACCAAAGCAGCAGCAACAGAAGAACCAGAGGUAAUUCCUGACCCAGCUAAGCAGACGGAUCGUGUUGUGAAAAUAGCAGGGAUAAGUGCAGGAAUUCUGGUCUUCAUUCUCCUCCUCCUCCUGGUCAUAUUAAUUGUCAAAAAAAGCAAACUUGCUAAGAAACGCAAAGAUGCAAUGGGAAACGCCAGGCAAGAAAUGACCCAUAUGGUGAACGCAAUGGAUAGGAGUUACGCUGAUCAAAGCACGCUUCAUGCAGAGGACCCUCUCUCGGUCACCUUUAUGGAUUCCCAUAACUUCAGUCCCAGAUUGCCCAAUGAUCCACUUGUGCCGACUGCUGUGUUAGAUGAAAACCACAGUGCAACAGCAGAGUCAAGUCGUCUGCUCGAUGUGCCUCGCUACCUCUGCGAAGGAACAGAGUCGCCAUACCAAACAGGCCAACUACAUCCUGCUAUAAGAGUAGCUGAUUUGCUGCAGCAUAUUAACCUCAUGAAAACAUCUGACAGCUACGGUUUUAAAGAAGAAUAUGAGAGCUUCUUUGAAGGGCAGUCAGCUUCUUGGGAUGUGGCAAAAAAGGAUCAAAACAGAACAAAGAAUAGAUAUGGAAACAUUAUCGCAUAUGACCACUCCAGAGUGAUAUUACAACCUGUGGAAGAUGAUCCUUCUUCGGACUACAUUAAUGCUAAUUACAUUGAUAUUUGGCUGUACAGGGAUGGAUACCAAAGGCCAAGUCACUACAUCGCAACCCAAGGUCCAGUCCAUGAAACGGUGUACGAUUUCUGGAGAAUGAUAUGGCAGGAACAAUCUGCGUGUAUUGUUAUGGUUACAAAUUUAGUUGAGGUUGGACGGGUUAAAUGCUACAAGUAUUGGCCUGAUGACACUGAAGUGUAUGGGGACUUCAAAGUUACUUGUGUGGAAGUAGAACCGCUGGCUGAAUAUGUGGUCAGGACAUUUACCCUUGAAAGGAGAGGUUACAAUGAAAUCCGUGAAGUUAAACAGUUCCACUUUACUGGCUGGCCAGAUCACGGUGUCCCUUACAAUGCAACAGGCCUUCUUUCAUUCAUACGCCGUGUUAAACUCUCCAAUCCUCCUAGUGCCGGGCCUAUUGUUGUGCAUUGCAGGUGUGUAGAGAAGAGUGCUGGAGCUGGAAGAACCGGCUGUUACAUUGUAAUUGACAUAAUGCUAGACAUGGCAGAAAGAGAAGGUGUUGUGGACAUCUACAAUUGUGUCAAAGCAUUACGCUCACGCCGCAUCAAUAUGGUACAGACUGAGGAGCAGUAUAUCUUUAUUCAUGAUGCAAUUUUGGAAGCCUGCUUAUGUGGUGAAACUGCCAUCCCUGUCUGUGAAUUCAAAGCUGCAUAUUUUGAUAUGAUUAGAAUAGACUCUCAGACAAACUCUUCACAUCUCAAAGAUGAAUUUCAGACCCUGAAUUCAGUGACUCCUCGGCUGCAAGCUGAAGACUGCAGCAUAGCAUGCCUGCCAAGGAAUCAUGACAAGAACCGCUUUAUGGAUAUGCUGCCACCUGACAGAUGUCUGCCUUUCUUAAUUACUAUUGAUGGAGAAAGCAGCAACUAUAUCAAUGCUGCCCUUAUGGACAGCUAUAGACAACCUGCUGCUUUCAUUGUCACACAGCACCCUCUACCAAACACUGUGAAAGAUUUCUGGCGAUUAGUAUACGACUAUGGCUGUACCUCUCUUGUGAUGUUAAAUGAAGUUGAUUUAUCACAGGGCUGUCCACAGUAUUGGCCAGAGGAAGGAUUGCUGAGAUAUGGCCCCAUCCAGGUGGAAUGCAUGUCUUGCUCAAUGGAUUGUGAUGUAAUAAACAGAAUUUUCAGGAUAUGCAAUUUAACAAGGCCACAGGAAGGCUAUCUGAUGGUACAGCAGUUCCAGUAUUUGGGAUGGGCAUCUCACAGGGAUGUGCCAGGCUCCAAACGGUCGUUCCUGAAGUUAAUUCUUCAGGUUGAAAAGUGGCAAGAAGAAUGUGAAGAAGGAGAAGGCAGAACUAUAAUUCAUUGUCUGAAUGGUGGUGGACGAAGUGGAAUGUUCUGUGCCAUAGGCAUAGUAGUGGAAAUGGUUAAAAGGCAAAAUGUCAUCGAUGUUUUCCAUGCGGUAAAAACUUUGCGGAACAGUAAGCCAAACAUGGUAGAAACACCGGAGCAAUAUCGUUUCUGCUACGACGUUGCACUUGAGUACCUCGAAUCAUCUUAGUCAGAAAAGGGUGGAUGCAAUCAAGUGAACCAAAUAAUAAGAAAUUUAAUAAACUGUUUUGGCACCAGCUGUUGAACCUGUGAAGAAAGAUUUUAGUGAAGAGGGAGACUUAAUUUUUAAAUGCAAAAGUAUUUUUCUUAAUAAAUGGUGUAUCUUAAUUAUAUAUAAAUAUAUAUAUAAAGAACUGUUUCUAUGCCUGUACACAGUAUGAACAUAUAGUGCCACAAAAAUAAAGAAGAGCAGAGGCAGAGCACGUCUGCUGUUCGAGGUAGGAUUUUUCCAGUGUUUGUAUAUUCAGUUGUUUCUCGGUUACACUAGAACCACCAUCUGUUGCAUGUAUCUAUUCUAGUCAACAUUUUAUUUUCCUUUCGUUCUUAAUUUGAUAAACUGUUAAAAAGUAAAACAAAACUGUGCAGAUUGAUAGUCUCUAUAGGUUUCAUGUGUUGCAAGAAAAUAUAUAUAUAUAGAUAUAUAUGUAUGAUAACUGGCUUAUUUUGUUUUAAUGUGCAAUGACAGCCUGAUCAAAGUUCUUUAUAAAGAAAUCUAAACAUAA